AUGUCCUCGAACCGUAAAUUUGCGCUCCUCGUUCAUCUCAUCCUCAACAACCGUAACCUCCUGAAAGCUGAGAAACUUGUCGAUGGAGAUGGGACGUUGUUUGAAAAGGAAAGCGUUCUCACUGCUCAGUUACGCCGAUUCAACGUGCCACCUUUCUGGGAGCCGACAUGUCCCGCGCAGUUUCAGGAGAAGUGGGGAGGGCGGUGGAAGCAUAUCCACGAACACUUGAAAGAUCUUAAAAAGGGGGGGAGGGCGGAAAUUGAGAAAUACAACUUCAAAAAUCGGGAUCUCAAUGACGUUGCACUGUCGAACAAGAGCGAAGGAUGGGGUAGCUGCAUGGAUGGGCCUUUGAAGGACGCUUUGGAUAAUGUGGGAUUUAGUAUCCGGGACCGGUAUCUUGCGUGGGUGAAGUUGUACGCGGAGAAGGACGAACAGGGACGGGUCGUGAGAGGGUUUGUUCCGCUUACGCAGUGGACGGGACGGCAGGAUAGUUUUUUGGAAGAAGUGUUUGGAGAUGCGAUCAAGGGGAAGGAUAUUACACCGCCGGACACAGCAAAAACGUGGCUGAAUGGGGUAAUUCAGACCUACUUGGACGCGGCGACGAAGGAAUGCAAGCGAGCGACAGAUUCGCUCAACGCCACUCAAACGGAGCUGGAGAAAAUCCUUGGUCCCGACUUCUGGAAAAGUUUCGAGGUGCCGCAGAACUUUGAUGUUAAGAAGGCGCGGAGUGUGUUCAAGAAGAUGCAGCACUGGAAGUCGCAACUAUCGUGGCAAGUCACGACCGAGGAGGACGAUGAAAUCCGAGAGGAGGAGAUUGACAUUGAAUCAACGGAAGCGUCGAAGGCAAUUGCAGCGAGGUGGUCACGUCUGAGUGACCAGGGAAAGAAGUUAGAGUAUUGUCAAAUGCUUAUUGGGUGGCUCGUCGGAGUCAUUGAAGCAAAAACCUCAAAAACUAUCGAAGUGAACUUCGAUGCAGGUGGCUACGACGAAAAGAUAGUGGGAUAUGGGCGGGUGUUAGCGAGAAGCAUCCCGAGGAAGAAGAUCGAGAACAUCCCAACUCCUAGUGAGAGUGAUUUCCAGGCGUUUGCGUUGGAAUUAGCGGACUUCGCAGAAGAAUGGGUUGAACGAGAUGACUCGGCUCUGCGGACGGCGAUUUCGAUGUAUGAGAAUCCGCAGGUGGAUGAAGCUCUCCUGCUUUACAAGUCGGAUGGGGCAGACAUUGGUGUCGGGGAGUUCAGGAGUUACGACGACAAAAAACUGCAUGAAUAUUUGGGACUACCCGAGGACGGACUCCCUUUAGCAUUUCGAAGACACACGGCGGACGAACCAGGGAUGUUGGCUGACCCUGACGGUGACAAACCGUUUUUGAACAGUACACCGGUGAAGAUCAGCUGGCAUCAGUUUGUGUUUGUGGCUGCCGUGAUGUUAGCAUUAACGACGCCUAAGAAAGCCGCCCUUCCGAAUAUUUUGCACAGUGGGCCUGCUAACGAGCGGACGAUUCGACCAGUGCGUGAGCAGUGGGCAACAGUACCAGGUAUUUGUCUGUUCGAUGAGGUCGGGUUGGGGAAAACCAUGUGUGCGCUGGCAACGAUUGCGACACUGCAGUCGUUGUAUGAAAUUCAGGAGAAGGUGAAAGCGAAGGAAAUGGACCGGUCCAAGUUACCUGCGUGCUUGAGAGAUGCGCCGAGUUUCGGCAAUUUAGAGUCCGGAAUACCCAAUGAGCGGCACCUCGUUGUCGUUCCUAAUAGUUUGAUGGAUCAAUGGAUAGCUGAGAUUACCCGGUUUUUCCGAAGAAACGCUAUCCAUCUGCACAUCAUUUCAAACAGGGCCGAUCAUUGGGAGGCCGAAAUUGCGAAGGUACUGGGGACAAACACGGUGCCGAAGAUCAACCAGAUUGUGAUCGUGGCAGCGAGAACAAUUCAACGAAUGUUUACAGCGAAUGAACGAAGUAUUGCUAUCAUGCAGCUAGAUGGCAUUCCUCGGCUCAAAUACCAGCAGAAAGCAGACACUGUUUAUGCAAUGCCGUAUGUCUCGACUUUUCUGGAUGAGGUACAGGACGCGCGAACGGGGAAAGCGCUGUGGAGGGCGUUCUCCGCAAUCUUUGACGAUUCAUUGAUUAAAGUCCCGAUGACGGCUACCCCCCUCCUUGAGUCACCAAAUGAUCUCGUCAAUCUUGCGUUACUUGUCCGACCGCCAAGUAUGGUAGAUGACGAAACGUCCAAUCUUCGGGGAAUGUCCCGAGAUCUUCGAAUUCUGAAGGGGAAGUCCACUGUUCGAACGCAUCAAGAAGCUCUGCUGCUAACGGAGCGGGACAAAAUUAUGGAGCAGACAGAGGGAACGGGGGUUGCAUUUUUUGCAGCGAGAAUGGUGAAAAUGGUUCAACGCCACCUUGCACCACAUACUGUGAAACGAACGAAUAAAUCGUUGAACUUCGAAGGUAAACCCCUGGGGGCUCAACUCCCCCCUCACACGAUGAUCCACGUCCGUGUAACUGUCACGGACUCGGAGGCAGACAGUUCCUACGAUGCUGUUCAAGACACACUGAAAGCGCGGGUGUUUGACACCAAUACUUUGGGAGGCAUGCCCUUUCCCUUAGCGUUUUGGGCCUUUCAUGCCCUUUUUCUCAUGGAAAGGCAAACCAGCCGGAAACCCAGUCUUCCUAAAUCACUCCAAAACCUCUGUUUAUGUCUCGUUUUCACUGGUUUGGUCAAUAUUGAUAUCAUUUUGAGCUCCCAUCCAUAG